AUGACAAAACCAUUUCUAGCCAAUUCUGAAUCUUACAAGAAUGUGUCUUUAGGCUUACCUCUCACUGCCGCAAACAACGAUGAUUCCUGGCAACCGCCAUCCGGUGAAUUUGCAUUUGAUUUAGAGCAGGUUGGAGAUGAUGGCUUCUUAUUAGCAAUCUGGUUCAACAAAAUACCUGAAAAAACCAUUGUUUGGCCAGCCAACAGAAAUAGUCUAAUACAAAGAGGUACCAAAGUUAAGCUCAUGGAAGAUGGUCGAUUAGUGCUUAAUGACCGAAAAGGCAAGCAGAUAUGGUGUGCUGAUAUUGCUCGUAGCAGGGUGGCUUAUGCAGCCAUGCUUGACACCGAAAACUUUGUGCUGGCAAGACACUAUUUAGUCAAUUUAUGGGAGAGCUUUGGAGAGCCAACUGAUACUCUAUUUCCUACACAAAUUUUCAAUCGAGGGAGCAAGCUAGUUGCUGGAUACUCAAGAAUAAAUCGCUCAACUGGAAGAUUUCGGUUCACUCCACAAGCUGAUGGAAAUCUCAUGCUUUACACCCUAGCUUUCUCGUUAGAUUUUGAUAAUUCGGCCUAUUGGUCAGGUCAAACUAAAGGCAAUGGCUUUCAGUUAAUCUUCAACCAACCUGGAAACAUUUACCUUGCAGCAAAAAAUGGAAGCAUACUAAAAAUGUUUUCAUCAGAAUCUCCAACAACUCAAGAAUGUUACCACAUUGCAAUUCUUGAAUACAAUGGAGCUUUCAGGCACUAA